AUGUCUAGUUCCGACAAAACGACGGUGGAUCCACUUCUGAAAGAUUUGAAUGAGAAGAAAGAGAGUUUCCGGCGAAACGUUGUGUCUCUGGCGGCGGAGCUGAAACAAGUGAGGGGCCGUUUAGUUUCUCAAGAGCAAUCCUUUCUCAAAGAAACCCUAACUCGAAAAGAAGCAGAGAGAAGGGGAAAGAACAUGGAAAUGGAGAUGUGUAAAUUACAGAAAAGAUUGGAAGAAAGGAAUUGUCAGCUUGAAGCUUCUGCUUCUGCUGCUGAAAAGUUUAUCAAAGACUUGGAGGAAUUCAGAUCACAGCUAAACGUGACCAAGAAAACUGCAGAGGCAACUGCUGAUUCUGCUCAAUCUAGUCAGAUGCAAUGCUCAUUGCUUAAAAAACAACUUGACGACAAAACACGUUCUCUAAGAGAACACGAAGAUCGUGUGACUCAGCUCGGGCAUCAGCUUGAUAAUCUACAGAGAGAUCUUAGCCUUAGAGAGUGGUCAGAGAAGCAGCUAAGGGAGGAAGUUACGAAUCUCGAGCGUGAGAUAACAGAGGCCAUUGCAAAGGCUGGGAUGGACAGCGAGCUCCAGAAGCUUAUAGAUGAUGUCUCUCCAAUGAGAUUCGAGAGGAUGAAUAGGCUAGUUGAAGUGAAAGACCAAGAGAUUACAAAACUGAAAGAUGAGAUGAGGUUAAUGUCUGGUCACUGGAAACAUAAGACUAUUGAACUUGAAUCUCAGCUGGAGAAACAGAGAAGAACUGAUCAAGAUUUGAAGAAGAAGGUGCUGAAACUAGAGUUCUGUCUUCAAGAAGCUAGAAGCCAGACGAGAAAGCUGCAGAGGAAAGGAGAAAGGAGGGACAUGGAGAUCAAAGCGAUAAGAGAUCUGAUGUCGGAGAAACAACAACGUAGUAAUGAAGAAUCUUGGGAGAAACAGAAUUUCUGGGACAAUUCUGGUUUUAAGAUCGUUGUUUCAAUGUCAAUGCUGAUGUUAGUCGUAGUUUCCAAAAGAUAA